AUGAUGUUUGCUGGCUGUUUGCCAGCCUCACCGCCCCUUGAUUUUCGAUCGAUGCUCUCGUCUCUUCUAUGUGACAUAGAGCUGACUCAAGAGGUUGAAGAAGCCCCCGACAAUGGCUUCGACUGGGCGCCUCUCCAAAGUAGAGUGUUGAGCGUGCAUCGGUGGGAUAUGGCCAGGUCUUUGCUUGUAUCCUGCGAGCACUCGUUCCUCGCAGUUCAGUAA